GGCGGGGCUGGGCCUGGAAGCCGGGCUAGCGACCUGAGGGCUUGGGGCUGGGAGCCGGCAGGGCUGGGCACUGCGCGUGCGUGCCCGCGUGAGGGCCGGUCUCCUGGGUCCUGCGGUCCUGCGGGCCAGCUGGGCUGAGCCGAGCUGAGCUAGGGGAGGAAACAAGUCCAUCACAAGGGUAAUCCCAGAGAGUCAGGAGGCUGAGGCAGGAGGAUGACGGGAUCAAGGUUUAACACUUGAAGAUGAGACAAUUUGAUCUUUGUUUGAGCUCUGAAGGGUCUGAAGUGGUUUUAGCUACAUCAAGUGAUGAAAAACACCCACCUGAAAAUAUCAUUGAUGGGAAUCCAGAAACAUUUUGGACCACCACAGGAAUGUUUCCCCAGGAGUUCAUUAUAUGUUUUCACAAACAUGUAAAGGUUGAAAAACUUAUAAUCCAAAGUUACUUAGCCCUCUGUCCACUCCUGGUGCCUCCACUGGUCAACUCCACUCAGAAGCCAAUGGUGCGGACCUUGAAGAUUGAAAAGACCAAAUCUAAAGAGCCUGUCGAUUUUGAGCGAUGGAUUGAAAGGGAUUUUGUACACACAGAGGGUCAGCUUCAAAAUGAAGAAAUUUUGGUUCAUGAUGGCUACUGUACUUACUUGAGAUUCAUAAUUACAAAAGCCUUUGAUCAUUUUAUAUCUGUGCAUUGUGUUUCUGCAGAGGGACUAGUAGUCUCAAAUCAUUCUUAGUAAUUAUAAUAAAAUACUCUUGCAUGAUUUUUAACAGUGUAUUUAUUUAAACAUGAAAUUGUCAUUAGUAGACUUUAUUAAAAGAUGUGUAUCAGUCUG